CCGAGGUGCCGGGCGCGGAGCCGCACCGCGCCAACGAGCUGCUGCUGCUGCCGCCGCCCGCCCCGCGCGGCCCGGCCCCGCUGCCCCAGCACCACGUCGUGUACUUCCCGGGGGACGUGCAGAACUAUCAUGACAUCAUGUCUUGCCAUCCAGAAAACUUUCAGUGGGAGCACUGGAGUUUUGAAAAUGUUGCUACCAUACUUGCUCGCCGGUUCCCCAAUAGCUUUAUUUGGGUCAUAAAGUGUUCUCGAAUGCACCUGCACAAAUUCAGUUGUUAUGACAACUUUGUGGCCAGUAACAUGUUUGGAGCACCAGAGCACAGCACUGACUUUGGAGCUUUCAAGCAUCUCCAUGCUUUGCUAGUUAAUGCAUUCAGACUCUCUCAGAAUAUUCUGCUGUCCCAGAAAAGUGUGCAUGGUGUCAGCAAGGAUGCAAAAAUAGCUGCUUGUAAAUCACAGCCGCAGUCUGUUCCUACAACAAAUGGCUGCUCAUCCACGGAAAGGGAGAGAGAUUGUGAAUGCUCCAAUAAUUCUGCUGUGAACUUCAUGAUACCGUCUGCUGUAGGUGCAGUGUCUUUUACUUUGAUUGGCUUCAGUAAAGGUUGUGUGGUUUUGAACCAGCUGCUUUAUGAGCUGAAGGAAGCUAAAAAAGACAAGAACACGGAUGCCUUCUUAAAAAACAUAAAAGCAAUGUACUGGUUGGAUGGUGGUCACUCGGGAGGAAGCAAUACUUGGGUUACUUACCCUGAAAUGCUGAAAGAACUUGCAGAGACAGGAAUUGAAGUUCAUGCUCAUGUUACGCCGUACCAAGUGUUUGACACAAUGAGGUCAUGGAUUGGAAGAGAGCAUGAGAAAUUUGUACAGAUACUUGAAGAUUUUGGUGUGGAAAUAAAUGAUCAACUGCAUUUUGCUGAUGAUGUUCCCUCCUUAGAUAACCAUUUCAGAGUUCACGAAGUAUUCUGAGACUGUGUAUCUGAACAGCAUAUUCAUUGUAGAAGCACUUUUAACACUGUAAAUGUUGUCAUCUAGAUUUUCAACUUUGAGCAGAUGCUUUCUGAAGAGAAUACUAAAUCAGUUCUGUGUUGCUAAUAGAUACUAUAUAUAAAUUUCAGUAGCUUACAAAGGAGUAUUUGGGACACCAUAACUAUAACAGAUGUAAUUUGAUUCCUGGAAAAAAGUCUUAUGAAGAACUAUCCUAUACAUGUUCUUUUGUUAAAUGUGAAUGUUUAUUUUAAACUGUUGGUAGACUUUUUAGUCCUGGAUUUCUAAUGUGAUAUACUGCAUUUAAUGGGAGUAUAAAGUACUUGAUAAUUUCAGAUGUCUGGAUAUUUCAGUUUAGUGGCUUCCAGAGCUAAAAGCAUUGGUCUUUGUCAAUAACAGAUUUAUGGUUAGUUUUUUGUUUUGAGGAAAUUGAUUGUUGGAAGAACCUUAGUUAUGUAUUUUGGUGGAAAGUGUUCUAUUUAGUUAAUUAAAUCUUCCAGUUUUGUAACAUUUCUCCUAAUUGAAACCAAGUUACAAAUAUUCACCUUUGGAAUAAUAGUGCCAAUGCAUUUUUCUUCCUUAUGUGCGCCUUGCCAUUUCUGUCACUAUAAAGUUUCAUUAAUUGAUUGUGUAGUAUCUGCCAGUGAAUAGCCAUUUCAGCUGGGGGCUUGAAAAUUUUGGCAUAGCUAUGUUAAGUAACCAAGAAUGUUGAUGAACACGUAGCUUAUUCCUGUUUCAACAUACCAUGCUAUUGCUUUGACUGACUUCUAUAAGGACCAGCAGUAAUAUCUGUUUUAACAUGUGAAGAGGUGUCUUUGUCCCUGCCUUGGAGUGCUAAGGUUUUUCUUGGUAAUUGCUGCAUUGAUGUUGAUCUAAAUCGAGCCAUAAGCACAUAAUGUGUUACAAAUCGUGUAAAAAUUUUAGACUGCGUUGACUGCUUCCAAAAUGCCUCAGUUUUAAAAUCUGUUAUGUAUUACAGUAGUUGCUUCUAGAGCUAUCAAAAAAAUCUAUUUUCAGACCCUAAUCUGGUUCAGGCCCCAAACCUGAACGUUCUUGAGAAAUACCGAAAGAUGGACAGUUAUCAUUUUAGUGGAACUUUUCUACUGUCGUAAGUAACUUUCCAUUUAUCUACAAAACUUAGAAUCAUUCUUAAAGACAACUGCAGUUAUUAGCAAUGAACCAGUAGCUGCAAAUGGUUUUGGAUUUCCUGGAAGUAUAGGAAUACAAAAGCAAGUUAGCAAAACACUGUGAAGAUUACACAAACAAUUGUGGCUAAGUUCUGAAAAAAGGCAUUUUAUUCAAUUUUGGUCCUAUGUUUGAUGGCUUAGUGACAUCUUUGCCCUGCUGCUUUUUUCCCAUGACUCUUAAACUGGGAGGAAGGUCCUGAGUCAUCUUUCUUAUGGUGGCAUCAUUAAAAGUUACAGGGUUUACUGUAGACAGCUCUUGGCAAAGGUUAUGCAUAUCAGUCAUUACUGAACAAUGAGAAAAGUGUGUUGAAGUCCUAAGAAAAUUUUCUUAAUACUCAAAAUAUUGAGGGUGGUAGAAAGGAUUAUAUGUGCACCUUACAAUUUGAAAGUGAACUCUAUUGCUAAAAAUAAUGUACCUAGUUGAUCAAAAGGAGAAAUUAUUUAUUUUAAUUGAUGGAGAAAAGUGCAACAUGCAAACCAACUCUUAACACUGUAUAAAGGAAUCCAAAAUCUAGUUCCCUCAGCUUUUUUUAAUUUUAGACUCUUUCUUGGAGAUAUUGUUCAACCCUAUUUGUUGAUUACCAUCUUAGUAGGCUUAUAACAACUUGUUUAUGUGUUUCAAGGAACAUUAUUUCCCCUUUUUGGUCCUUUUGAUAACGCAGCAUAUGCGAGGACUUUUUUCUGUAAAAAAAAAUGGGUCACCUAAAGAAGUGGCUUUAAUAGAAAGCCUGCAAAAUGUCCUGAAAUAUAUUUAACUAUCCACUUAUAAAACAAAACUUUAAAAAAUAAACCAACAAAAAUCCCAAAACACUCUACUCAUUUUGCUCCCUCUCAGUUUCAGACUGACCAGGCUAACACUAACACUUGCCCUAUCCAGUAACUGCAGAUCAGAGACCAAUUUUUAAACAAUUCGGUGCCUGCCAAAACAACGGGACUUGCAAGCUUUUGGAAACAGCUAUUAAAAUAUUGACAUUGUCUUCAAAAGUUUCUGGAUGGCUGUCCUAUCAAAAUACUACUAACUUGUUUGAUGGAGGCUGCCUACAAUAACUCUUAAAUAGGCUCAAGUGUUGCUGCAUUACUUUGAAGAAUAAGCACUUUGUUGUAAAACUAAUCUUGUUAUGAGACCUCAUGUUGUGGAGGGAAAACUGACUGGUUGUUUCUCAUUCUUUAAACAGCUGUAGUACUCUGUUGGAAUGUGCCUCUGUCAUUCAUUACAAUGCAUGCUAAAAAUAAAUUUUGCAAACAAUGUAGAAAAUAAACUAUUUCUAAUGGGUGAAACCACUUUGAUGUGAAUGUAAAACCAUUAAACAGGGAAUGUGCAGUUAAGUUUUGUGGA